GCAGUCAAACACAAUCUCUGGUUCAAUAAUUCAAAAGUUUAGGGUGGAUUAACACGUUUUCAUGUUUUGUACGACCUAAACAGCAGAUUAAUUGAUCUCCGUGUACAGGUCUUAAUUGAGUUACUUACUUGAGGAUAGAAAACUUUGGAUGGGAUCAUCUUUGGUGCGUUGCGAACAUGGAUCACGGACUUGCGUUAAAUUCUGGCUGUAACGUUACUGACACGCGGCAGAUUGACCUGAGAUUGAUUGUGAAAGAAGAAGAUAUAAAAGAGGAGGAAUAUGAUCAUAUGAUUGCAUUUCCACAUGAUGAAGAAAAGCCAUUUGCAGAGCCUCACUGUAAAACUGAAACGGACAUUAUUGAGACAGACGUCGCUGAGUCCAACGUUACUUUCACUGAAACACAACAGGCAAGAGCGGAGGUUAAAGUGAAGAAAGACGAGGAGGAAGAAGAGCUCUAUUAUCUCCUAGGAGAUACAACACAACAGAAGACCAUCCAUGGACAGGAUGAUGAGCUCAACAUGCAACUCAAAGGAAGGACGCACCACUGCACUGUCUGCAAGAGGAGUUUUACGACCCUAAGAGAACUUGAGAAACACCAGCAAACACACUCUGUUAGGCAGAAAAUGCAAAAAUCAAAGAAAAAGCAAAAGACUCACAGAAAGUCUCAUCAAUGUCCCCUGUGUGAAAAAACUUAUACAGCAUCUUCAUCUCUUCGACUGCACAUGUACAUACACACUGGAGAAAAGCCUCAUAAAUGUGACCAGUGCGGGAAAGGUUUUUCACAAAUUCAACUUCUCAGAGUCCAUUUGUUUACACAUUCUGGCGAGAAGCCUCAUAAAUGCGACCAGUGUGGAAAAGGUUUUAUACAAAUUCGAAAUCUUAAAUCCCAUAUGUUAAUACACACUGGAGAGAGCCCUCAUACUUGUGUCCAGUGUGGAAGAGGUUUUCCGUCAAAGUCAGGUCUUAAAUCCCAUAUGCCUACCCAUACUGGGGAGAAGGCUUAUAAAUGUGUCCAGUGCGGAAAAGGUUUUGCACAAGCUUCAAAUCUUAGACAACAUAUGGUAAUACACACUGGAGAGAAGGAUUAUACGUGUUCCCAAUGUGGAAAAGCAUUUGGAUAUCUUUCAACUCUGAAAGCGCAUAUGGUAACGCAUACUGGAGAGAAGCGUCAUCAAUGUGUUCAGUGUGGAAAAGAUUUCUUUUUACUUUCAGGCCUGAAAACCCACAUGUUGGUACAUACCGGAGAGAAGCCUCAUAAAUGUGACCAAUGUGGAAAAGGUUUUACACUUGCAUCACAACUUAAAUCCCACAUCCAAACACAUAGCGGAGAGAAGCCUCAUAGAUGUGCCCAGUGUGGAAAAGGUUUUUCAAGUAUUUCAAAUCUUAGAACCCACAUGCUAGUACACUCUGGAGUGAAGCGGCAUAAAUGUGCUCAUUGUGGAAAAGGUUUCGCACUAUUUUCAAGUCUUAAAAAACAUCUGGUCGUACACACUGGAGAGAAGGAUUAUGUGUGCUCUAAAUGUGGAAAAGCAUUUGGACAGCUUUCAACUCUGAAAGGCCAUAUGCUAACACAUACGGAAGAGAAGCCUCAUAAAUGUAUCCAGUGUGGAAAAGCUUAUAUCGCAAGUGCAGGCCUUAGAACCCACAUGUUAACUCACACUGGCGAGAAGCCUCAUACAUGUACCCAGUGUGGAAAAGCUUUUUUUCGCAAAUCAACUCUUAAAAUCCAUACGCGAAUUCACACUAGAGAGAAGUCUUCUAUAUGUACCCUGUCUGAAAGAGCUUAUAUCUCAAGUUCAACUCUUGAAACCCAAAUGCUAAAUCGCACGAGAGAGAGAAGUCAUAAAUGUAUCCAGUGUGGAAAAGCUUAUAUCUCAAGGUCAGGUCUUAGAUCCCAUAUGCUAACACACAGUGGAGAGAAGCCUCAUAAAUGUAUUCAGUGUGGAAGAGCUUUCAUACGAAAUUCAACUCUUAAAACCCAUAUGCGAACUCACACUGGAGAGAAGCCUUAUAAAUGUAUCCACUGUGGAAAAGCUUUUAUGUCAAGUUCAGGUCUUAGAAUCCAUAAGCUAAGUCACACUGGAGAGAAGCCUCAUAAAUGUGUUCAAUGUGGAAAAUCUUUCAAUCAAAGUUCCGGUCUUAAAACCCAUAUGGUAACACACACUGGAGAGAAGCCUCAUAGAUGUAUCCAGUGUGGAAGAGCUUUUAAACAAAUUUCAAGUCUUAAAGCUCAUAUGCGAACUCACACUGGAGAGAAGCCUCAUACAUGUAUCCAUUGUGGAAGAGCUUUUAAUCAACAUUCAACUCUUAAAACCCAUAUCCAAACUCACACUAGAGAGAAACUUCAUAAAUGUAUCCAGUGUGGAAAAGCUUACGUCUCAACAACAGGUCUUCGGAACCAUAUGAAAAUUCACACAGGAGAGAAGCCUCAUGAAUGCAUUCAGUGUGGAAGAACUUUCAAUCAAAGUUCAACUCUUAAAAAUCAUAUGCGAACUCACACUGGAGAGAAGCCUUAUAGAUGUAUCCACUGUGGAAAAGCAUUUACACAAUCCAUACGUCUUAAAACCCAUAUGCAAACUCACACUGACGAGAAGUCUCAUAAUGUGUGUAAUGUAGAAAAAGAUUUUCAGUAAUCGACAGUUUAAAAAAAAAAAAAAAAAAAUGUUUACUGGUAAAAAUCCUCAUAAAUGUACUCCUUGUGAAAAGACUUUUCCAAAAUCCCUAAGUCUUAGACGCCACAUGCUUAUGCAUACCAGAGAGUAGCCUAAUAAAUGUGUCCGGUGUGUAAAAACAUUUAACCCUUAAAGGUGUGGGUUUUUACAUUCUAACGUAAGAUUCCAUUCCACAACAAUUGACGGUUCUAAAAUUCUAGGUUGAAUUCAAUGAACCUAGAUGUUCUUUAGAACGCUCAUUUUCCAACAUACCAGAGAGUAGCCUUAGAAAUGUGUCCAGCGUGUAAAAACAUUUAAAUCUUCUAACAUAUCUCAGAUCCACAUUGUGGUACUACACAAUGGCCCUUAUUUAUCAACUGAGUGUAGAAACCAGCGUAGAUCUGAGCACACAAAUCAUCUUACGACGGGGCUAACGUGUGAAACGUUUGUAUUACUCCAAUUCCAGUGUAAGAAUAAAUAUGUGUUGAUAAAUAUGGCAGCUGAAAACAAGCAUAUUUAAAUAUCAAGUCCCUAUAUGCUCAAUUUUUAAAGGCUUAGCCCCUAGGAUUUAGUGCAUUAUACGUCCAAAAGAGAAACUUUUGACUUUCAGAUAGCCACAGUGACGUUGCAAGUCCAGCUGAACCUUGUUAUUUUUGACAGGCAGAAAAGAAUAGCAAGGAAAGUAUAGCCAUUUAACCUUUAAACACUGUUCAUUGCUACCCCCCUUAAUUUACUGUUUGCGGUCAAAUUUGACUGGACAGUUUUAACUGCUCUUAAAUACCAAUACCAUGACAAAAAGUAUUAUUUAAUAGAACAUUAUUGUAAAUAGACCCUUAUUAGAACAUUAACAUCUACAUUAUGUGUGUUUGUGUGUGUGUUUCUGUAUGUGUAUGAAUGUGUGCGAACACUGGUGGUUCACAUGCACAGU